AUGAGUCUUGCUCAAGCCAACACUCCAUGUUCACCAAACAUGCUCUCUAGCGUUACAGGGUGCAUGAGUUAUCUAACGGGACGUGCUAGUUCUCCGACUUCGGAUUGUUGUGGGGCUCUUAAAACGUUAACCGAAACCGGUAUGGACUGUUUGUGUCUGAUUGUAACCGCAAACGUGCCACUCGAUCUUCCUAUUAACCGAACUCUAGCCACCUCUCUUCCUCGUGCAUGUGGUGUCCCCGUUCAAUGCAAAGAUAAACCUCAAUGCUUAUGGCUUAUAGGUCCUGCGUCUCUUGGUCCAACCUCUUCUCCUCCUACAGAAACCCAAAUUCUUGAAGGCCCUGCUUCUUUCGGACCGGUCACUUCUCCGACAAGUUCGAUGGAUCCUGAUGACGGUCCUGUUGAAGAAACGGAUCUUCCCGAACCGAGUAACGGAGGAGACCCAAGGCAACCACCAAAGACUUCAGCCGCGUUGCCUACUUCUUCACACUCUCUCAAGCUUUCGCUUCUUCUAUUUGCUCUUUCCGCCUUUGAGUCUAUCAGUUUCUUCUAA